UAUCCAAUUCAACACACAACACAAAGUUUAGCUAAUCUUUUGCUUUUCGGAAUGUACAAAAUGUGCAAUUUCUCGAAUCUGUUGAACUUCAUCAUCUGCAUUGCCAGCUUUAGCCAGAGUUUUGAUGGAACCCUGGCGGUGAAGAGGGGUCCACAUCAUCCCAGGGGCGAGACCCGGAGAGUGGACCAGCAUCUCACCCAUGAGGAGCACCGCAUUGAUGAUGACCUGAGGGACAUGGGUGUUCAGGCCAGCCUGGAAGAUAUGAGCGAGGAGGAGAAAAUCUUCUACAUGUUUAAGGCCCAUGACAAUGACAAUAACAAUGCGCUCGAUGGCCUGGAGAUGAUUCAGUCUGCCAUGCAUCACAAUUAUGACUAUUUCAAGAAUACUGAGCGGGAUGAAUACUUGCAAAAUGCCACCGAUGAGUUGGAACACUUUAUAGAGGCCAUUGACAAGUUCUUACUUAUUGCCGAUGAUAACAACGAUGGGCUGCUGCAUUAUCCGGAAUUCGUGAAGGCCAUAACCGGUGGCAAGGAGCAACUCAACGUAGACCGUAAUAUCCUGCGUUAAUCCCCAGUCAGGACCUGAACUGGAUUAGCAGUCGAAAAGCAACCGAAGUAGACACAAUAAUAGACAUAGCGUAGUUAAAAUAUUUAGCAACUAAUCUGAUUUCCAUGCUGAACCAUUUGAGACUGUACACCACAAGCAGCUAACC